AACUCGAAUCAGCGUCUACGGCUUUCACCUCGAUCGGCGCUCCCCCGUCCUUCGAGCCAGUAUCCAAAUGCCGACGCGGCGGCGCGACCGCCGCAACCCGCCCGGUCCAUCCGAACCGGCCAGCCCGAACCGGCCGGCUCAGACCCCACCCCCCGCCGCAUCAAAACCGCGCCUCCUCCUCGUCUUCUUCUUCUUCCUCCUCCUCCUGCUCCUGGUCUUCGUAUCGCUGCUCGCCGUGCACCGCUCCAAUCGCGGCUCGCCGAACGCCGGUGCACCCGCACUUUCGGUCUACGAGAGGGGCCUCGUCAAAGCCGAUGUUGCGUUCCGAGAAAUCCUCGCCGAGAAUGCUAGGGUUUCGGAGAACCGAUCUCGCCGCCACUUCCCGAAUCCCGUCUUGGCCUACGUUACUCCCUGGAAUUCCAAAGGCUAUGAAAUGGCGAAGCUAUUUACUUCAAAGUUCACGCAUCUGUCGCCUGUGUGGUAUGAUCUGAAAAGCGAAGGGAAGAACCUAGUUCUCGAGGGACGACAUAAUGCUGACGUAGGAUGGAUAUCAGAACUUCGCAAGAACGGGAAUUCUCUGGUGGUCCCUAGAGUUGUCCUAGAAGCAUUUCCUGUGGAGAUACUCUUGAAGAAGAAACGGUGGAGUAAGGCGAUCAAUUUAAUUGUAGAUGAAUGCAAGGAAAUGGGAUAUGAUGGUAUUGUGCUGGAAUCCUGGUCAAGGUGGGCAGUCUACGGUGUUCUGAACGACCCAGAGUUGCGGAAUUUGGGGCUACAAUUCAUUAAUCAGUUAGGGGAGGCUCUUCAUUCAGUCAACUCGAAGUCAAAUCUCAACCAUCAGUUAGAAUUGAUCUAUGUCAUCCCACCCUCACAUUCAGAGAAGCUCAGUUAUCAUGAUUUUGGUCCACAAGAUCUUCAGCAGCUAGGUACUGCUGUGGACGGCUUUUCUCUUAUGACCUAUGACUUCUCAGGGCCACAAAAUCCUGGUCCAAAUGCUCCUUUGAAGUGGAUACGCGCUUCUCUCGAAAUGCUUCUUGGUGGUGCUGACUCUGAACAUGCUCCCAAGAUAUUCCUUGGUAUCAACUUCUAUGGCAAUGACUUCGUUCUCUCUGGAGGUGGAGGAGCUAUCACUGGGAGGGACUACAUCUCCUUGCUGGAGAAGCACAAACCAAAGCUGCAGUGGGAGGAGAAAAGUUCAGAGCACUUCUUCGUAUACUCACUUAACAAUGUGAAGCAUGCCGUGUUUUAUCCAUCAUUGAUGUCUAUUUCCUUGCGGUUGGACGAAGCGCGAGCGUGGGGGGCAGGUCUCUCGAUUUGGGAAAUCGGGCAGGGCUUGGAUUACUUCUUUGAUCUUCUCUAAGUUUCUCACCUUUCCAUUAGGGCGUUUUGUUCGCAGAAACUGUAACUUAAUCAUGAGUCUCAUUUUGUUUUGACUGUUGAUAUGUCUUCUAUUUAUUACCAAAUAGUCCUAAUUAAGUUGUGUAAAUUGUGCAGCAAAUAGCUUUUCAAAAUUUGUAUUUACUCUUGGCUAUUAGGUUGGAUUUUUUUCUUCUUUCUGCGAAAGACACCUUAAUACUCAGCUAUUUGCUACUUACUAGCCCAUAAUGAUUCAUGGUGGUCUCCUAUUUUGGAGUGUUUGAUUGUA